CACACACACACACACACACACACACACACACACACACACACUACACGCAGGCAGGCUCUGCGAGCGGACAGCGUCUUCCCCGCUGGGAUGGGCGUGGGGCCCUGCGCUCCGCACACGGUCCCCACCUGGCUCGCGCGGAGCCACCGGCGGUCACCAGGGCUCGCGACGAGUGAGCUGGGCUGUCGUCAUUCACUCGCAGCGUCCGGAGCGUCCUUCCAGCUUGCUGCCCGUGCUCGCGGUAUCCACGAGCGGUGAUCUCGGGCUCGGCAGCUGGCGAGCACGGCGGCCUGGGGGCCCCUGUCUCCGCACAGCUCGUCCUUGAACGCGGCCGCGCCUCGCGACCUAGCCCUGCCGCUUGCUCGCACCGCUGUGGGCCGGGCCGGGCUGCGAGGCUGCGCGCCUGGCGAGUGCGGCACCGCGGGGAGGAUGCUACUUGCUCUGUCCCGAUCCCCGUCGUCGUUCCCGACUGCUCGCUGGGUCUUUUUCGCGGGCCGUGAGCCGCGGGCCGCAGCCUGCUGAAGGCCGUCGCGGCCGCCGCCCCCACGGCCGGGCGAGAGAGCGUGUGCCCGGGAGUGCGCGCCAGUGUGCGGGCCCCUUUGUGCGACUGCCCGCGGCCACCGGGACCAUGUGGGUGAAUCCCGAGGAGGUGCUGCUGGCCAACGCGCUGUGGAUCACCGAGCGGGCCAACCCCUACUUCAUCCUGCAACGGAGGAAGGGCCACGGGGGCGACGGGGGCGGCGGCGGCGGAUUGGCGGGCCUCCUGGUGGGUACCCUUGAUGUGGUAUUGGACUCCAGUGCCCGAGUUGCACCAUACCGGAUCCUCUACCAGACUCCAGACUCUCUAGUCUACUGGACCAUUGCCUGUGGUGGUUCCAGGAAGGAGGUUACUGAGCAUUGGGAAUGGCUUGAACAGAAUCUUUUGCAGACACUCUCCAUCUUCGAGAAUGAGAAUGACAUCACCACAUUUGUAAGAGGAAAAAUACAGGGCAUCAUUGCAGAAUACAACAAAAUCAAUGAUGUGAAAGAAGAUGAUGAUACAGAGAAGUUUAAAGAGGCUAUCGUGAAGUUCCAUAGGCUAUUUGGGAUGCCCGAAGAAGAGAAACUCGUCAACUAUUACUCAUGCAGCUACUGGAAAGGGAAGGUCCCGCGGCAGGGCUGGAUGUAUCUCAGCAUCAACCACCUGUGCUUCUCCUCCUUCCUAAUGGGGCGGGAAGCCAAGCUGGUGAUCCGGUGGGUGGAUGUCACUCAACUGGAGAAGAGCGCCACGCUGCUUCUGCCAGAUGUGAUCAAAGUGAGCACUCGGUCCAGUGAGCAUUUCUUCUCUGUGUUCCUCAACAUCAACGAGACAUUCAAGCUGAUGGAACAGCUUGCCAACAUAGCCAUGAGGCAGCUCUUAGACAAUGAAGGAUUUGAACAAGACCGGUCUCUGCCGAAACUCAAGAAGAAAUCUCCCAAAAAAGUGUCUGCUCUGAAACGUGACCUGGAUGCCAGGGCGAAGAGUGAGCGAUACCGUGCCCUUUUCCGGCUGCCCAAAGAUGAGAAACUAGAUGGGCACACUGACUGCACCCUCUGGACUCCAUUUAACAAAAUGCACAUUUUGGGUCAGAUGUUUGUCUCCACAAAUUACAUCUGCUUUACCAGCAAGGAGGAAAACCUCUGCAGCCUCAUAAUUCCACUCCGUGAAGUCACCAUCGUAGAGAAGGCCGACAGCUGCAGUGUGCUGCCCAGCCCCCUGUCCAUCAGCACCAGGAACAGGAUGACGUUUCUGUUCGCCAACCUGAAAGACAGAGACUUUCUGGUACAAAGGAUCUCCGAUUUCUUGCAGCAAACGACGUCCAGGAUCUACUCAGACAAAGAGUUCCUGGGAAGCUGCAACAGCUCAGAUGACGAGGUAUAUUCUCGGCCCAGCAGCCUUGUCUCCUCCAGUCCCCAGAGAAGCACCAGCUCGGAUGCUGAUGGGGAGCGCCCCUUCAACCUCAACGGCAACAGUGUGCCCACAGCCACACAGACCCUCAUGACCAUGUACCGGCGGCGAUCGCCUGAAGAAUUCAACCCAAAACUGGCCAAGGAGUUUUUGAAAGAACAAGCCUGGAAGAUUCACUUUGCUGAGUAUGGGCAGGGCAUCUGCAUGUACCGCACAGAGAAGACGCGGGAGCUAGUGCUGAAGGGCAUCCCGGAGAGCAUGCGUGGGGAGCUCUGGCUGCUGCUUUCAGGGGCCAUCAACGAAAAGGCCACACACCCCGGGUACUAUGCGGACCUAGUGGAGAAGUCUAUGGGGAAGUACAAUCUCGCCACCGAGGAGAUUGAGAGAGACUUACACCGCUCCCUUCCAGAGCACCCAGCUUUCCAGAACGAGAUGGGCAUUGCAGCUCUGAGGAGAGUCUUAACGGCUUAUGCUUUUCGCAAUCCCAACAUAGGGUAUUGCCAGGCCAUGAACAUUGUCACUUCAGUGCUGCUCCUUUAUGCCAAAGAAGAGGAGGCGUUCUGGCUGCUUGUGGCCUUGUGUGAGCGCAUGCUGCCCGAUUACUACAACACCAGGGUUGUAGGUGCCCUGGUGGACCAGGGAGUCUUCGAGGAGCUGGCCCGGGACUAUGUCCCACAGCUUUACGACUGCAUGCAGGACCUGGGGGUGAUCUCUACCAUCUCCCUGUCAUGGUUCCUGACCCUCUUUCUCAGUGUGAUGCCAUUCGAGAGUGCGGUGGUGGUUGUGGACUGUUUCUUCUAUGAAGGAAUCAAAGUGAUAUUCCAGUUGGCCCUCGCUGUACUGGAGGCCAACGUGGACAAGCUGUUAGACUGCAGGGACGAUGGAGAGGCCAUGACUGUGUUGGGAAGGUACUUAGACAGCAUUACCAACAAAGACAGCACCCUGCCUCCCAUCCCUCACCUCCACUCUCUGCUCAGUGAUGAUGUGGGGCCCUACCCUGCAGUGGACAUCUUCAGGCUCAUAGGGACAUCCUAUGAGAAAUUUGGAACUAUCCGGGCAGAUUUGAUUGAGCAGAUGAGAUUCAAGCAGAGGCUGAAAGUGAUCCAGACCUUGGAGGACACCACCAAACGCAACGUGGUGCGGACCAUCGUGACGGAAACCUCCUUUACCAUGGACGAGCUGGAGGAGCUCUAUGCUCUCUUCAAGGCUGAGCAUCUAACCAGCUGUUACUGGGGCGGGAGCAGCAAUGCCCUGGACCGGCAUGAUCCUAGCCUGCCUUACCUGGAGCAGUACCGCAUUGACUUUGAGCAGUUCAAGGGCAUGUUUGCGCUUCUCUUUCCCUGGGCAUGCGGCACUCACUCUGACGUGCUGGCCUCACGCUUGUUCCAGCUGUUAGAUGAGAACGGGGACUCCCUGAUUAACUUCCGAGAGUUCGUCUCUGGGCUGAGUGCCGCAUGCCAUGGGGACCUCACAGAGAAACUCAAACUCUUGUACAAAAUGCAUGUCUUGCCUGAGCCAUCCUCCGAUCAAGAUGAGCCUGACUCUGCCUUUGAAGCGACUCAGUACUUCUUUGAAGACAUCACCCCAGAAUGCACACAUGUUGUUGGCUUGGACAGUAGAGGCAAACAGAGUGCAGAAGAUGGCUAUGUCACAGUGAGCCUUAAGCAGGACAAAGGGAAGAGAGCAAAUUCUCAAGAAAACCGUAAUUAUCUAAAACUCUGGUCUGCAGAAAAUAAAUCUAAAUCAAAAAAUGCCAAGGAUUUGCCCAAGUUGAAUCAGGGGCAGUUUAUCGAGCUCUGUAAGACCAUGUACAACAUGUUCAGCGAAGACCCCAACGAGCAGGAGCUGUACCAUGCCACAGCGACAGUGACCAGUCUCCUGUUGGAGAUUGGAGAGGUGGGCAAGUUCUUCAUUGCUCAGCCUGCCAAGGAGGAGGUGGUUGCUGGACCACCCUCCAGCCAGGCCAUCCCAGGCAUGCUCUUCCCCAAGAAGGGGCCCUGCCAGCCCUAUGUGGUGGAAUCCACAGAGCCACUCCCAGCCAGUCUGGCCGUUGACAGUGAGGACCACUCCCUGGGAGGGCAGAUGGAGGACAUCAAACUGGAGGACUCGUCACCCAGGGACAACGGGGCCUGCUCCUCCAUGCUAAUCUCCGACGAUGAUACCAAGGAUGACAGUUCCAUGUCGUCCUACUCGGUGCUGAGUGCCGGCUCCCAUGAGGAAGACAAACUGCACUGUGAGGACAUUGGGGAGGACACAGUCCUGGUACGUAGCAGCCAGGGCAGAGCCACCCUGCCCAGGAGCAGCAGCCUGGACAGGGACUGGGCCAUCACCUUCGAACAGUUCCUGGCCUCACUCUUGACAGAGCCUGCUCUAGUGAAGUACUUUGACAAGCCAGUGUGUAUGAUGGCCAGGGUCACCAGUGCCAAGAACAUCCGUAUGAUGGGCAAACCCCUCACCUCAGCCAGUGACUAUGAAAUCUCCGCCCUGUCGGGCUGAUACAAGAAGAGCAACGAGGAGUUUUUUUUAAGUUCUCUGUUGGGGGGGCUUGCGUUCUUUUCUUUUAAAUUAAAUAUUUAUUAGUACCUGGCUUGAAGCCUACUGUUUUCAUAAUGUAAAACAAUGAAAACUAGUGAGAAGUAGAUAACCCCCCUAGGUAAGGCACUACCAGUCUACCUGUGGGGCAUCCUACCAGAAUCGAGUUUAUUCAGUGAAUCCCCGCACCCGUGCUGCCCGCCAAAAGACCAACCUGUCAGUGAUGUGUGUAUCAUAACUUAGCACUCUUGCUGUUCAGUUGUAUCCAUGAUGUGAAAAUAGUUCUGUCUGAUGCUGAUAAGACAGCCACACUCUGUGCAUUCAAGCUCCGAAAUUAAAAUUAGGUCUAGGAGGGAAAUGGAGUGCUGCAGACACAAAACUGUUUUUAGAAGGAAAAGGCAUUGUCAGUUGGGGUAAAUCUUGAGCUACUUUAGGAAGACUUAAAAAUAUUUUUUAAGAUUUGAAUUAUAUUCAUAAAAAUCCUUUAUCCAAAAAAUUUUAUUCUACACUGGUUCCCCUUCAUAUUUGGGUCCCAGGCAGUUAUGAAAAUGUAAAUGGGUUUUACAUGAUGCUAGAAUGACAUAUUUGAUCAGUUUGGACAUGGACAACUUGCUCCAAUUGUUUAUGCUAGCUGGCCAGGAGGGAGGAAAAGUGAUCCAUCUGAGAAUUUCAAUGUGAAAGCAAAAAGGACCCACGACACUGGAACAGCUUUUUGUUUCAAUUUUGUUUUUGAAGGACUAAAGGUCCUGACAGUUCUCAUACUGGGUUUUCAGAUUAUUGUUAUUCAUUGAAAAUACAGCAAGAUAAAAUAAUAAUAAGUAAUAGUAAAAAAAAAAAAAGCAAUCUUUGCCACUUCCAUACUUGUUGUAAAGUAAGAAAUUAUGUCAUGUACCAUGUGUGACGAACUUCCCAUCAAGUCGUUUAUGUUCACAGCAAAGGGAAUCUGCAAGGUACUGUAACUAGCUGUUGUCACUUUAUGUAACAGAAUGGAAUGUUCUGUCCCCGGAGGGAUAUGCAAUCAAAGCUGGCACACCUGCACUUUGAACACUUGCUUCUGUUAACGCUGUUACACUUUGGUUCAUUACAGACUCUGGGAGACUUUCCGCUCCCGCUCUCGGCCUCACACUCACGCUCACUUUUUCUUUGCUUAUUCCGAAGUUACUUUCUAUACAUGCCCUUCUAUUACACACCACCUCCUUCGUUUCUGUUGCAGCUGUAAUUUUUUUAAUUUUGUUUACAGAAUAAUUUUUAAACUGUCAAAUGAAAUAGUAUGAACCUCAAUUAGGAUAAAUGUGAACAAAUAAAAUGCUUCAGA